AUGCUAAAGUGGGUUGUGGAGCUCAAUAUGUUUGACUUAGCAUUUGAGCCCGGAGAGGCGAUCAAGGGGCAAGCCCUAGCAAAUUUCAUUGUGGAGCUGACUCGGCCUGCAAUAGAAUUCGUCCAAGACCCAGCAGAAGGAAAGCAGCAUUGGACCCUUAUGGUGGAUGGGUCGUCCACUGCCAAUGGUUCUGGAGAUGGGAUCAUCUUUCAGUCACCAAAAGGGGACAAAUUUGAAUAUGCAAUCAUAUUUCAAUUCCAGGCUUCAAACAAUGAAGCAGAGUAUGAAGUUCUUUUAGACGGCAUCAAAAUGUGCAAAGUGGUCGGAGCCCUGGAAAAUGAAGCAAAGACGGACUCUCUACUGGUGGCUAGUCAAGUCAAUGGAGACUUUGAAUGCCAGGAGGGAUCUAUGAGUAACUACAUGAAGCUGAUUCAGGAGGAAAUAAAAACAUUGAAACGAUUUGUGCUCGACCAAGUUCUAAGGUCGGAGAAUCAUCAAGCCGAUGCUCUCUCAAAAUUAGCAAGUUCGGCCGAAGGGGAUAUGCCGAGAACUAUGUUUUGGGAGCCGAGGAAAUGUUUGGAUGAGCCCCAUCACAGAGUACAAGAAAUAGGACGCCUGCCCACUGAUCCCUUGGAAGCCAAGUAUGUAAAGGCAAGGGACAAAUGGUUUGAGCUUUGGGAUGGAACUCUCUACAAAAGGGCCUUUAACCGGCCACUCCUCAAAUGCAUUUCUAGAGAAGAUGCCCUAGAUGUCCUAAAAGAGCUGCAUGAAGGGGCUUGUGCUUCUCACAUUUGGGGAAGAGCAUUAGGAGAAAAGGCUUUAAGGAUAGGGUAUUACUGGCCCACCUUAAAGGAGGACGCUCUGCUCUAUGCAAGGAAAUGUGAUAGUUGUCAAAGGCAUGGUAAUGUUUAUCAGAAGCCGUCCAACUAUUUGACUCCAGUUCUUUUCCCCCUUCCCUUCGCCAAAUGGGGAAUGGAUAUCCUUGGGCCAUUUCAUGUAGCAGCCGGCCAGAAAAAAUUUGUGACAGUAGCAGUAGACUACUUCACAAAAUGGGUGGAAGCUGAAGCAAUGAGAGAAAUCACCACCAAUGAUGUGAAGGGGUUCGUCUGGAAGAACCUCAUUACAAGGUUUGGGAUGCCUCAGUCUAUUGUUUUUGACAAUGAACCACAGUUUGAAGCGCCCAAGCUUCGAGAAUGGCUGGCCGAUCAGGGCAUUAAAGCCCACUUUGCUGCUGUUGCCCAUCCCCAGGCAAAUGGACAAGUUGAAGCCUUCAAUAAAAUUUUAUCAGCAGGAAUUAAAAAGAAGCUAGACAAUGCUAAAAGAUUGUGGGUAGAAGAGUUAUAG